AGAUGACACUUCCUGUUUGCAGAUAAGAAGCAGUUAUUAGGCUGCCCUUAAUCACUGAUGGCUGUGUUUAACCGCUGUAAGGUGCUCAGAAUGAGCAAUCUGAAGAUGUUAGCUGCCAGUAGCCAAUGACUUCCACAGACUGUGAAAAUACACUGUGAAAGUCAAUGUGGUCCAUCAACUGUUUACCAAAGGAAUAAUUUUCAUUUUUGAGUGAAAUCCACAUUUAAUAUUAUAGAAUUGCUGUUGUUCGCAAUGGCAGCAUUGCACUGUGGGAUAACAGAAGGCCUAGACCUUAUUACGGAUAACUGCAACGAUAUCAUCAGACUUCCUUGUACAGCUACCAACCGAACAAAAACGUACCGUUACAUCAUGUGGUAUAAAGCAGAUACUGUUCCUAUUAUCAAGAGGAAAAACAAUGAAUAUACGUACUAUAACGUGAGCAGUGUUUCUCUGCAUGAUGAUGAUACCCUGGUGUUAAAAAAUGCGCAACCUUCAGACUCUGGACAAUAUAAAUGCUACCUGGCAGCAGAGGUUGGAGGUCGAAAUGAUGAGUCUUUAGUUGGAUUGAAUAUCUCAGAAUGUUUGAGCACAGUUUAUCCCAUCACCACCACGAUCCCCGGUGAGUUCUGUCCUGCUGUAGAAGAAUUAACUGUUCCCUGGGCUGUGAUUGGCCUUUCUCUUAUUAGUGUCACCAAAGUCAUUCUUUGCAUUGCAGCCGUAGGGGUGUGUGAUCGAGUCGUAUUCAGAACAGUAAGAAGAAAACAGGAUGUGAGGGGAAGCAAGACUGGGAGGUCAAGCUGGAAAGACUGAGAUUCGCGAAAAGCUGAUGGGGUCGUUUUGGUUUUACGCUUCCAUUAGCUAAAAGUUAAAACAGUCCAAGCCUGUAAACGUUUACGAGGCUGUUCGCACCAUUAGCUUGCGUAGAUGGGGUCCGUUUUAUUUCUGUGGGGUUUUGCUAUUCUUAAUUACUUUUUAUGGAUGUUUUUUUCCUAGGGGAAGAAGGACGGGCUGUUAGGGGGGCUGUUUUAUAGCUGUCGAGGGAGACGAGUGUCAUGGAGGGCUGCGAUUCAUUAGCUCUGUGCUCUGCCACGGCGGCCCGCAUCGCUAUUAAAUGAAUGCACUUUGUGAAUCUUAAAGUUUAUAACUAGGGCCAAUGUAAUUAAGGACUCGAUGUGGCGAUUAAUUAAUUGAUUUUAUAAAUGUGACUGUGAAAAUACCCUUAAAAGGAAAUUUCGAGCAAAAACAGCGCUCAUGUGAUAUCGCACUUGCUAAUUCUGAAACUUUAACUUGAUUUCUUUGUCUGUAUGUAAGUUUCCCUGUUAACUGAGUAGGCUUGUGGAGAAGUCAAACACAGUAAGCUGGAAAUGAAAAUGAAAGAAAGAUAUAGCUGUUUAUAUACAGUAAUACAUAUACAAUAGUCUACGUAUAAUGCAUGCCGCUACUGAGCUGCAGACGCCUUAAUACUACAUGCUAUCUGCGAAACACAAAUAUAGCCUAUUAUAUAUAUAAAUAUAUAUAUAUAUAUGUAUAUAUCAUUAUGUAUGUGUAAUAAAAUGUUCCUCCCUUGUGUGUGUGUGUGUAAUUUAUGUCAUGGAGACCAAAUGUCCCCACCAGUCAUUUUUGACAAUGUUUUGGUCCCUAUGAGUAAAAAAGUAUUAUAAACCA